GCUUCAACACCUCAGACGUACAUAUUGAUUGUUCUUUCCUGAAGCCUGUUGUGCGCAUGGAGCUCCUGCAGCAGAACUCAGGCUCUAUGGAGGACGCAGCUCUAAAGUUGGACAUUGAUAUUUCACCAGAUGUUUUUCUUUCUUUCUGAAACUCCCCAAGGACCUGCCAGUGAUCCUCGGACUUUAAACAUUCGUUUUAAAAAUAUUUCUUGAGACAUCGCCCGUCUUGACUGCGGGGAGAGAUGGAGCAUCUGUGCCCAAACGCGUCGCGCAGCGUCACCACUCCUCUCCACGGCUCGGAGCGCACGAUGCGGUUCACCGGCGUGGCCAUCGCCUCCGUUUACGGUGUGAUCAGCGUGCUGGGGCUCGUCGGCAACAUCACGUUGAUCAAGACGUUUUGCUCCUCCAAAUCCAUCCGCAAUGUGCCCAAUCUCUUCAUGACCAGCCUGGCGCUCGGCGACGUUCUGCUGCUGCUGACCUGCGCUCCGGUGGACGCCAGCCGCUACCUCUCAGAGGAGUGGCUGUUCGGCCGGCUGGGCUGUAAAGUCAUCCCCUUCAUCCAGCUCACCUCGGUUGGGGUGUCCGUGUUCACUCUCACUGCCCUCUCUGCUGACAGGUACAGAGCCAUCGUGAAACCCCUGGACAUCCAAACAUCCACCACCACCGCCAGCAUUGUCCUGAAGGCAGCGCUCAUCUGGAUCUUCUCCCUGAUCCUGGCCAUCCCCGAGGCCGUGUUCUCUGACUUGCACACCUUCAACAUCACCUCCACCAACGAGAGCUUUGUCACCUGCGCUCCUUACCCUCUGGCUGGGGAACUGCACCCUCAGAUCCACUCCAUGGUCUCCUUCCUCAUCUUCUACGUCAUCCCCCUGCUCAUCAUAUCGGUGUACUACAGCUUCAUCGCCCAGAGCCUGAUGAGCAGCGCCUCCAACCUGCCAGUGGAGGGAAACCUGCAUGCAAGAAGACAGGCUGAAUCAAGAAAGCGUUUGGCCAAAACAGUGCUGGUGUUUGUUGGUCUCUUUGCAGUGUGCUGGCUACCGAGUCACAUCAUCUACUUAUACCGCUCCUACCACUACUCCCAGGUGGACACCUCGCUGGCUCACUUUGUGUGCAGCAUCAUAGCCCGUAUCUUGGCCUUCACCAACUCCUGCCUCAACCCGUUCGCCCUUUACCUGCUGAGCAAGACCUUCAAGAAGCAGUUUAAUCAGCAGCUGUGUUGCUGCUGUCGUUUGAUCUCCAGACGCUCCUCACAGAGCCCGACACAUUUCACCAUACGUGUGACUUCGGUCCGCAGCACGCAUCACUCCGUGGCCAGUCUGACCAUGAUAAAUGGCAGGCAGCUCAGUCAGAAGGACUGUGUGUGAAAGAGAGGAAAGUUAUACAGCGUUUCUCCAUGUGAUCCCAUAAGACCAGAGAACUCCUAGAAAAUUAAUUAUUGACCAUUCAAUCUAUUGAUCCCGUGCUGUGGUUUCUGCAUUAAAUACUGUGUCUCAGUUUGUAGUUGUAAAGUAGUAGUGUUUGUAAAAUAUCAGCGUUUUAAAAUUCAGAAUAGAUUCGUCUUCGUUGCAUGUCUGCUGUCAAGUGAGUGGCCUUGUGUAGCUUUAAAUUAAUGGAUUUAAGAUGUAUGUGAGUCAUUCCAACUCAAGUUAGCAAAUUUUCAGAACAAUUCCUGCUCAACCAUCUCCAAUUUACCUGAUUUUUUUAUAGCAUAAAAUAUGGAUUUUUUUUUUUUUUAAAAAUGCAAUUUUUUUUUCCAUACAACUACAUACUGUAGCGGCCCCUUGGAUUCAUUCAGCAAGACGCAGAGAGUUUCAAACGGGUGUUGAUUUAUUCUUACUCUCGACCAGCACGUGUACCAUAAGCACCGUGAAAACUACAGAAUUAAACAGAAUACAAAAUGCUUCACUGCAGUAUCACAAACAAUUCACGUAUAAAUCAUGUUUACAUCCAAUACAAAUAAACGCAACUCAUCUGAUAAUAAUGCACAUUAAACAUUUUCACACCUCAUUCCGCCGCUCCAAGGGCGCUAAUUUAAGUGUUAGCCAUCAGCUAGCAUGCUCUCCAGCUCGACAUACACACACGUCGCUGUUCAGAGCUACGAAUACAGGAUAAUGAGGUAAAUCACAAUGUAAACCCUUCCUUAAUACAAUUCAAAUAGAUAAACGUGAUGUAUAACUACUGUUUUUAGACAGUUUUUUACCGUUUCUCCGACGAUGCGUGAGCACAACGUUGUAUAGACAAAGAAACAGGAAGUUCGGCGUCAGAAAAACCGCAGAAGAAGACACGCUCGCUUAACAAAAUAAAAGCGGAACAGACCACAAGGUGGCACUGCAGGACUACAAUGUCUUCUUAUUAAUACAUAAACAAUAUUGUGCAGGAGAAUAAUAAUACAAUUUAUCUGACAUUUACACAUACGUUUCAAAAAAAGAUCACUAGGUGACUUCUGCAUAGUAUUUUUUGUUUUUUUGUUAAUGCGUGUUCAAAGGAGAACUUAUUUCAUAUUUAAACUCACCCAUAAUCACUAUUUGAUCUACAGUUGAAACCAGAAGUUUACAUACACUGUAUAAAAAGACACAACCUUUUUUUCCCUCACUGUUUGACAUUAAAUCAGACUAAACUUUUCCUGUUUUAGGUCAGUUAGGAUUACCAAAAUCAUUUCUAUUUGCUAAAUGCCAGAAUAAUGAGAGAGAGAAUUUUUUAGAGGAUUAUCUAUUACUUUCUUCAAAGUCAGAAGUUUACAUACAUUUCCUUAGUAUUUGGUAGCAUUGCCUUUAAACUGUGAGACUUGGGUUAAAUGUUUUGGGUAUCCUUCCACAAGAUUCUCACAAUAGCUUGCUGGAAUUUUGACUCUUCUUCCUGAUAGAACUGGUGUAACUCAGUCAGGUUUGUAGGCUGCCUUGCUCACACACACUUUUUCAUCUCUGCCCACAAAUUUUCUACGGGAAUGAGAUCAGGGCUUUGUGAUGGCCACUCCAAAACAGUGACUUCAUUGUCCGUAACCCAAUUUGUCACUUAUUUGGCGGCAUGCUUCGUGUCAUUGUCCAUUUGGAAGGCCCAUUCGUGCCCAAGCUUUAACUUCCUGGCUCAUGUCUUGAGAUGUUGUUUCAGAUUUUCCACGUAAUGUUCUUUCCUCAUGAUGCCAUCUAUUUUGUGAAGUGCAUCAGUCCUACCUGCAGCAAAACACCCACACAACAUGGUGCUGCCACCGCCAUACUUCACAGUUAGGAUGGUGCACUCAGGCUUGCAAGCUCCUCCCUUUUUCCUCCAAAUGUAAUGAUGGUCAUUAUGGCCAGACGGUUCAAUUUCAGUUUCAUCAGACCACAGGACACGUCUCCAAAAAUUAAGGUCUUUGUCCCUGUGUGCAUUUGCAAACUGCGAUCUGACUUUGUAAAGUUUCUUUUGGGGUAAUGGCUUCUUCUUUGCUGAGUAGCCUUUCAGCCCAUGUCGGUCAAGGGCUUGUUUCACUGUGGAUCAUGACACUCUCUUGUCAGCUCUUGUCAGUUCUGGGGUUGAUCAGCACAUUUCACACCAAAACACGUUCAUCUCUGGGACACAGAACCCGUCUGCUUCCCGACUAGUAUUAUUGCUGGACAUUCCCAUGGUGUUAAUACUUAGGUAUAAUUGUUUGAACAGAUGAAUGUGGAAUCUUCAGGCAUCUGGAAAUUGUAUUUACGGAUAACCAGACUUGUGGAGGUUCACAGUUGUCUUCCUGAUUUCUUUAGAUUUUCCCCUGGUCUCACACAAGGAAACAGUGUGUUUGAGGCAUGCCUUAAAAUACAUCCACAGGUGUGCUUCCAAUUAACUCAAAUGUCAUCACUUAACCUAUAAAAAGCUUUCAAAGCCAUGACAUCAUCAUCUGGGCCUUCCCAAAUAGUUUGAAAGCAUAGUAAUCUUAGUGUACGUAAACUUCUGACUUUGAAGAAAGUCUCAUUAUUCUGGCAUUCAGCAAAUAGAAAUUAU